AUGGUAACAGUGACUAGCGUCUGGCCACCACUUAUCACGAUUGGUAUCGUGGCUUCUUCCUUAUGUUCAGCAAUGUCUUCUCUUGUCAGCGCACCGAGGGUGUUUCAGGCGGUGUGCACGGAUAAACUGAUCCCUAAACUCGCUUUCUUCGCCAAAGGAUACGGUCCUGGGAAUGAUCCACGAAGAGCGUACGCGCUUGCAUUUCUCAUUACCGUCUUUGUUGUGAUGAUCGGAAAUUUGAACGUCAUAGCUCCUUUCAUUUCGAAUUUCUUCCUGUGCGCUUAUGCUCUGGUGAACUACGCCUGUUUCACUGCCUGCUUAUCGCAAACUCCAGGUUUUCGACCUGCUUUUCCGCUUCUAUUCGCCAUGGUUGUCACUGUUUGGAGCUGUGAUGUGCGUUACGAUCAUGUUCAUAAUGUCAUGGCCUACAACACUGUUCACAUGCGCGUUCUUCUUCACAGUUUACACCUUCAUAAGACACAUGAAGCCAGGUACUUUUUACCGUUGGCCUUCCAUUCAUGUCCUUCACUCCUUUUACUGGCCCCCGACCAACGCUUCUCCAUUGAACGGGUGCAGUACGAAAAAGGAAGGGUGCUUGUGCUAAGCGGAGUGCCACACGAGAGACCAGCGUUGAUCCAACUGGCUUCCAGCAUCACACGAGGAGCAAGU